UGCAGCGGCCCAGUCGUGCCGGUACCUCCGAUCACGCGAUAUAUACUCUCUCAGACGACAUAUCAAUAUUAUUAUUUUUUACUCAUUAUUUCGCGAAAAUUCCUAGUAAAAAAAUACCGAUAUCCGAAAUAAUAUACGUUUGCCAGUCCGGUCGAAUUUUCGCGUGCACGUCAUACCGCCGCGACCAUACUAUAUAAUAAGACUAAGCAAUCCAAUUAUAGUUUACGAUAUUAUCUAACAUUAUUACAACCGUCACAGAUCGUUCUGUAAUCUAUACACAUAGACUCGAUCGCGACCUUACCGCCGCGCCACCGGAAUCGCGUAACGGAAAUCGCACGGUUUAUCAUAUAAACAUUAUAAUUAUAUUAUCGUGCCCAAGACGCGAUCGCCGCGACCGAUGUGAACUGUACUGGCUAUGACUUUGGUCGUCAGCCGCCGCGGUUGGUUCAGUGGUGGCGGCGGCGGUCUUGAUGGACCGGAUAGGGUACGCGUCCGCGUUUUUGCGGAUCGGCGGCGGCGGCGUCGAGGUCGGCGGUCCGUUGCUGCUCCUGCUGCUCCUCCAGCUACCUUGGUUAUCGGUUGGGACGACGACGACGAUGACGAUGACGAUGGGCGAUCGUUGGCGACCACAGAGAUUUGGCGGCAGUGUCGUCGAAGACCGCGAUGAACGGUUGCAGGACAACGAGAUUGUCGAAGACCAUCGCCCUAAGCCGUCGGUUCCUCUCGCACCCGUUGAACCCCUCUUCGACUAUGCGGCUUCCCUAUACAUGGAGAAGAUGGUUCGCCGCUGGGCUCCGCUUAUAUGGUUGGCACCUGACGAACAAUUCCUUCCUGGUUCCGUGACCGAUUUCUUGAAUCACGUUACGCCUAAGCCACGUAGCCUGCCUGGCGACGUGCUACAGCAACACUCUAAAGUGCCCAUGGGCCCGGAUUCGCAGUCGUGGUUUUUAGUCACCAAGUCUGAAGUUGAACAACUAUUGGAAAACACGACUUCCAUAUUAUACGGACAGAAUCCGAACACUACCACCGUUCCCAUCUACGCCCACGUCACUCAAUGUGGUCGUAAAAAUUUUCACGUGUCGUAUUGGCUGUUCUUUCCGUUCAGUCAAGGAAAGCCGAUAUGCACACUGGACAUGGGCGUGCUUGGCCCGCUCCCCUUGCCAGUCUUCAACAACCGAUGUUUUGGCACCCUUAAAGAAUUCGGCAGUCAUGUGGGUGACUGGGAACACAUGAGUCUCAUGUUUAACGGCUACGAUGAACCAGAAGAAAUGUACGUGUCUGUGCACGAUGCAGGCGCAUUUUACCGAUUCGACCGGAAUCGUCGGAAGUUCGUAUUCAACCGACAAGAAGUGCGUAAAGGUUUUUUGCAAAAACCUAAGUUUCCCGAAGUGGUGCACUUGACAGAUGAGGGUAAUCACCCGGUGUUGUUCGCGGCCAAGGGAUCUCACGGUCUAUGGACCGCUCCAGGAAAACACAAAUACGUGCGUAUACCACGGUUGUACGACGACAGCGGUUACGGUUUUCCGUGGAAAACUUGGCUGAAGGUCGACGUGUUGAACUCGUCGAAAAAACUUCCCAUUUGGAUGCAAUAUUACGGUAAAUGGGGAAACCAGCACAGCAAAUGUCAUCCGCUCUCCAAAAUGGGCUUACAGAUCUGUCAGUUUACCGACGGGCCGACAGGUAUACCAAUGAAGCCGCACGAUUUCCAAUGUCAAAACGCGACCAACUAACCAUGGUAUCGUACUGGCUGGAAGAGAAAUUCGCUGGAUGGCCGCCGCGAUGAAUAUCAACCAUGACCUAGCCGACUUUCAAGCGAUGGAACGUGUUUUAGGUCAAUGUGUAUCACUGUUACAUCUUACAUUGUAUUGUUAUUGUUAUUAUUAUUAUUAUUUAACUACACUAUAUAAACGUGAUGGGUCUCAGUAGUUUUAAGGAUCUAAAAAAUCGAUAUUGCGUAUUAUGCGAUUAACGUUUUUGAGUGAAAGUAGGACUUCCUGAUCAUCGAAUUUCCUAAGACAAUUUGGUUUUUUUUUUUACAUAUAAAUUAUUCACUUGCAUAUUGUUUUAUAGCGUGUAAAUGAUCAUCAAUGUCUGUGUUAUGUAAAUAAAAGUAAUGAACAUUUA